UAAACCUCAAACCCUGGGCGCUAACAGCGAUGUUUCCAUUAAGUCCGAUAUCUCCGCUGUGAAGUAUACUUUGACGCCGAGACUUUGCCUAAUGGAGGUACUGCAGAACCGGUCCGUCGUAACUCCGGGGCUCCGAUAUCACUCGGAACAUUGAACCACUUGUUCGCCCUAAGAAAGUGUUCGACUGACUGCCAGAUAUAGUAAUUAAUUGUCCCUCGGUUGGCAUGGACCCGAAUGGACCAUCGAGCACCCCGGGGCUGCCUUCGCCUGUCGAUUUAAUCUCCCAGCAGAAAAAAGAUGCUAUCCAGGCGGCCGCGCAGCCCACAGGAGAUGGCGGGCUUUUCGCCCAGCUAACCAGCAAUCCUCUCUUCACCGCGGGUUUCGGUCUCGCCGGUCUAGGAGCUGGAUUGAGUUUCGCCCAGAAAGGCGUUCGGCAUGGCGCUGCACUCCUGCGACGGCGCAUGCUCGUGGAUGUCGAAAUCAGCGUGAAGGAUGAUUCGUAUCCCUGGUUCCUUCACUGGAUGACUCUAUAUCAACGCUCGCAGCUCGAUGCGGCUCAAUCGGCAGCCAGCAGGUCUGGCUUUAUGGAAUCCUUGCUCCAGAGACUGACCCCCGGAAUGCGUCACCUCUCGAUCCAAACACAGAAAGUCGAACACUCCAAUGGAGCGAUACACACACAUUUUUCAUUAGUACCUGGCCCAGGAAGGCACGUGUUGCGGUACAAGAAUGCGUUCAUCUUCGUAAAUCGGAUGCGCGAGUCGAAGUCACUGGACCUUCAAACUGGUCGGCCGUGGGAGACUAUCACCCUUACUACCCUUUAUUCGCAUCGUCAUAUUUUUGAGGAGCUUUUCAGGGAGGCUCACGCAUAUGCGGCUAAGUCACAUGAGGGCAAAACGUCAAUCUACAAUAGCUGGGGCACUGAAUGGAAAUUGUUUGGGCAGCCAAGACGGAAGCGUCCUUUGGAGUCUGUUAUUCUCGACGAAGGCGUCAAGGAGCGGAUUGUGGACGAUGUAAAAGACUUCCUUUCGAGUGGAAAAUGGUACCAUGAUCGCGGGAUACCGUAUCGCCGAGGCUACCUGCUCUACGGUCCACCGGGCACUGGAAAAAGUUCAUUUAUCCAGGCUUUAGCAGGAGAAUUAGACUACGACAUUGCCAUUCUCAACCUUAGUGAACGGGGACUAACUGACGAUCGACUUAAUCAUCUACUCACCAUUGUCCCUAAUCGAACACUUGUUCUACUGGAAGAUGUAGAUGCUGCAUUUUCCAACCGGCGGGUUCAAAGUGAUACGGAUGGGUAUCGCGGUGCUAACGUUACGUUCUCCGGCUUACUGAAUGCCAUGGAUGGAGUUGCGAGUGCUGAGGAACGUGUAAUAUUCCUCACGACGAAUCAUGUUGAGCGGCUAGAUCCAGCUCUGGUUCGGCCUGGCCGAGUGGACAUGACGGUUCGUUUGGGCGAGGUAACUCGCUAUCAGGUUGCAUGCCUCUGGGAUCGAUUCUAUAGUGAACGGGAUACAGCUGGGAAGUAUCGAAAAAUAUUCCUGGAUCGGCUACAUGCGCUUGGACUAAUAGAAGACGAAAAUGGUCGGGUGCCCGAUCAACCGAAGGCCACUAGUGCGGCCGCCCUGCAGGGCUUAUUUUUGUACAACAAAGAGAAUAUGGAUGGGGCUAUUGCCAUGGCCGAUGCGCUCACCUAUUCAGUUCAUGAUGAAGCUAUGGGGCAUGAUCGUCCAAGUGGCAACUAACUGUAUAUUAUUUUUUAGACAACUUAUGCACCGGACUCGACCCUGCAGUGUAUUUCUAUGUGAUAUAAGCAUUCAUUGAUAUAUAUAUAUAUAUAUACCCCACUUCUGUUUCCCUAAGACGUCAGGGUUAUUUAUCAGAAAGCCAUUCAUCG